AUGCUAAAAGAAAAAGCUAAGGAAUUACAUUCCCAACUUAAAGAAAACGAGACCGGAUUCAAUGCUAGUGACGGAUGGCUUCAGCGAUUUAAGAAAAGGUACGGAAUUAUACUUCUUAAAGUAUCCGGAGAAAAACUCUCAUCGCAGCCUGAAUUGGUGGAUCCAUUUAAGAUAAAACUGAAACAAAAAAUUGAAGAAAUGGAGUUAUGCAGUGACCAACUCUAUAAUGCUGAUGAGUCUGGUUUAUUCUGGAAACUUUUACCAGAUAAAACGUACGUUGCAAUGCAAGAGAAAUGUGCUCCUGGUACAAAGAUGGAGAAGCAACGUGUAACGUUCCUGUGUUGCGCAAAUGCAUCAGGUGCACAUAGACUUAAACUUUUGAUAAUUGGUAAGGCCAAAAAUCCACGCAGUUUUAAAAACUUCGUUUGUCCUACGGAUUAUAAGAAUUCGAAAUCGGCCUGGAUGACGUCAGCCAUUUUUAAGCAUUGGUUCCAACAAUCCUUUGUACCACAGGUGAAAUUGUUCCUAAAGAAGAAGAACUUGCCAAUGAAUGCGCUAUUACUUAUCGAUAACGCUCCCUCUCAUCCAAGCGAAACAGAAUUAAGAACUGAAGAUGGAAACAUAAUUGCCAUGUUUAUGCCACCAAAUCCAACCAAUGGAUCAAAAUGCGAUUAA